CCUCAACAAGUCCUGAGGUCUAAGAAACAGAUGAUGGAGCGUAUGAGUGAAGUUACUACAGGGAUCAAUGUGGAGGAGCUACAUCUAAAGGAAAAAGCUGACUUUAUAUUGAGAAAACAUAUCAAAUCACUUCAUCACAUUGGAGAUAUUGUGGCAUCUACUGCAUUACAAAAGUUUAGAGUGAAGAAAAUUAAUUGCAUUGAACAUGUUGGCAAAACAGUUUCAUUUUCACUAUCAAUAGAGGCACCAGAUUUAUCUCUUUUGUCAGUCCCUCUCUCUUUUCUCAGGUGCAGUCUAGUACCAGUUGCUAAAGAUGAUCAACCCAGUCACACUACAGUCACUACUACCAGCACUGAUCCUGGAGUGUAUAGGGUACAGUGUAACCUUUCAACCACUGGCACUCAUAGUUAUAUUGUUAAAAUACAAAUAUAUGGUGUUCAACUUGAGGAUAUUAUCUAUGUUGAUAACACUUCAGUACACAUUGUAACCUAUCCCUGGGUAGUUGCUUUUGAAGAUUGGCAUGAUGGUAUAUUAUGUCAUCAGUUUGCACAAUGGAAAGCUGGUGAUGAUCGAGUAGGAGCUGAAGCUGAAUUAAUAGCAAUGACGGCAAAGAAUGGAAUUGAGUGUCCUAUGUGCAAGCUUCAUUUUGAGCUGGCUAAAAGAGAUUGCAAUAACUGGCGAAUGUCUUGUAUCAGGUGUCCUACUGAAUUCUGCUUUGGAUGUAAAAGAAUGUAUUUUAAGAGUGGUUAUGAAUGUGAUCGUCAGUAUUGCAAGACAGGUGCCAGUAGGCCAUUGCCCCAACAUGCUCAUCAUCCUCGUGACUGCCUCUUUUAUCUGAGAGAUUAUGAUGUCGUUAGCUUGAAAAAAUUGUUAGAUGAUAAUAAUGUUAAAUAUCUAUCAAAACCAUCAGAGGCUCAGGUAGCAGCUACAAAAGACAAGAGAGUGCAAGGUGAGCCUAUUGAUAAACCUGAUGGAGAAGAAUGGGAUAUACCAAAGCCUCCAGCUCAUGUUAUUGAUGGUGAAGAGAUUUUGCUAGUUUGUCCAGUCAUAUUACUAAAGGAAACACCUUCUGGUUUUGGAGAUGAACCAUGUCGCAAACAUGCACCUUUUGGUAUGGCUGGACUCUGCGAGUGGCAUUAUAAGGAAUAUUUGGUUCAUAAAAUCAAUGAAGCUAAAUUGGAUCCAGUUGAGAUUUAUAAUUUACAUAUCAUGAAACUGAUUAUAAAGAGAGAAGGGAUAGAAGUUCCUGAAGAAUAUGAUGAUGAAGACGAAGAACACUACAAAGGAAGAUUGGUUGAGAUUGUUAAAGAAAAAAUUCCAAUUGAUUAAGGAAAGUCAAGAUCAAGUUUAGGAUCACUAGUUUCAUGACUUUAAACAGAUAUUUGGUAUAUUUAACUCAUAAUUACCUAUCUAGGUAAAUAAAUGUUAUGAGUUGUAGAUAGGCUAAGUUGUAUGAAUACAUGUUACAAUCAAUUAAUUACUUAGAAAUUAGAAAAUGUAAUUAUCAAGCAUAUCUACAACUUCAUUGCUGUGUUUAUUGCCAUUGGUGCAUGCAAGAACUGUAGCAAGUCCUCGUGACAUAAAUAUUCAAUAAUUAAUUACAUUUAAUAGCAUUAUAAAUUCUUAAAA